UCCCGCGAAAACAUGCCAUUUGUUGUCCGCAUUUCUUUAGUUCAAACCCUCGUAUAUAAAAAAUUUUCUCUGAAUCCAAAUGCAUUUCCCACCAAUUCACUCCAGAAAAAAAGAGAAUCGAUUACAAUGCCUGCCAUUGCUAGUCAGGAUUCUAUCUUGGCCAUCAAAUCGAAGAAGUCUUGUGAGUUCGCCAGAUCCAACGGUGAUUCAACUCCUCAGAAGCGGGGGCUGAGAUCCGAUGCCGCAGCGCAGCAGAGCAAGAGCCCAACUUCAACGCCGAUGAAAUGGAAGUCUCCCCGCCGUAGCCUCAAUUCCAGUCCAAACACUCCUACUAAUGGGAUCGAAAAGAAUUCACAUGAAAAAUUGGUUACACGCAAAUCCCCGGUUAAGAAGAAAUUAUUUGAGAGUUUUCAAGUCAAACCAAAUUGGAAUCCUCAAGAUGUGGAGCAAAUGAGUGCGGUAAAGGAGGCGCUACACGUGUCAACAGCGCCAUCUACGGUUGUCUGUCGUGAGGAGGAGAUGAAAAAGGUCUUGAAGUUCUGUAAGAAGCAUGUGAAAGAAGAGAAGGCUGGGAGUUUGUAUGUGUGCGGGUGUCCCGGGACGGGGAAAUCAAUGUCGAUGGAGAAAAUUAAACAGCAUUUAGUUGUUUGGGCUAAAGAGAAGGGUAUUAAGGUUCCGGAUGUAUUAGCCAUGAAUUGUACUUCACUUACAAACACAUCUGGAAUUUUCAGCAAGAUUCUUCUUAAAUUCCAACCAACGAAAAAAAUCAGUGGCUCAACUUCACCUUUACAACAUCUUCAGAACUUGUACUCUCAAAGGCAGCCAUCAUCUGACUCAAAAAUGAUGUUAAUUUUUGCUGAUGAGUUGGAUUAUUUGAUUACCAGAGACCGAUCAGUCCUUCAUGAUCUUUUCAUGCUUACAACUUUUCCGUUCUCUAGAUGCAUACUAAUAGGAAUAGCAAAUGCCAUAGAUCUAGCAGAUCGAUUUCUUCCAACGCUCCAGUCGAUGAAUUGUAAACCUCUUGUUGUGACAUUUCGAGCUUACUCCAAAGAUCAAAUCAUCAGAAUACUUCAGGAAAGGCUCAUGGCACUUCCUUACAUUGUCUUUCAGCCACAAGCACUGGAACUGUGUGCCAGAAAAGUUGCUGCUGCAUCUGGAGACAUGCGGAAAGCUCUGAGUGUUUGCAGGAGUGCAAUUGAGAUGCUAGAUGCAGAACUUAGAGAGUCUGCAAGCAAAAUAAACUCUACAUCAGUCGAGCAAGGGUCCUUUCAUCAACAGGCAAUUCCUGGUCUUGAAUUCUUCAAUUCACAGGUGAGGGUUGAUCAUAUGGCUGUUGCUUUGUCAAAUACAUUUAAAUCACCAAUAGUGGACACCAUACAAUCUCUCCCUCAACAUCAACAAAUUAUACUUUGCUCCGCUGUGAAGUCUUUCCGCAGAGGAAAGAAAGAUACAACUGUUGGGGAGCUAAGUAAAUCAUAUGUGGAAAUCUGCAAAACGUCCCUCAUACCACCAGUUGGAAUCCUGGAAUUUAUAAGUUUGUGCAGAGUGCUAAAUGACCAGGGACUUCUCAAAUUAGGGCAGUCUCGUGAAGAUAAAUUGAAAAGAGUAACGUUAAAAAUAGAUGAGUCAGAUAUCACUUUUGCAUUGCAGGGAGUUCGUUUCUUCCGGAAUUGUCUUCAAUAAUUUUGUUCUUAAGUUGGACUCUGGUUAAUCCCUUGCUAUCUUCUUUACUUGUCACCAAAUAUUAAGGUGAGUGACUUGGCUGGCUAAAGACAGAUACUUGGAGAGCCUGGUAAAAUAUGGUGUUGAUUUCAUGGUCGAGUUGCUCGUAGUUGCUACUGAAGACAUACCAAUACUAGAACA